AUGGAGGGGCAUGCUGAAAUGGAGAUGCUGAGGACACUGAAGGGGCCGUCCACAGGGGAGGUCAGCGUGCACCUGGUGGCCAGAGACAGCCCAGGUUCCGGCCCUCACCUGCCCUCCACUGCCUUCAUCAUUCCAGCCAGCUCUGCCACCCUUGGCCUGCCCAGCAGUUCUCUGGAUGUGUCCUGCUUUCCGCGGGAGCCGAUCCAUGUGAGCGCCCCGCAACGAGUGUCAGGCAGCGUACCUGUCACUGCCACCGUUCUGCCGCAGUUAAGCGCGGGGCCGGGAGCCAGCUCCAGCGCCAGCACUGUGCGGCUUCUGGAGUGGACCGAGGCCGAGGCCCCACCUCCUGGGAGCGGCCUAAGGUUCCGGAUAAGCGAGUACCCUCCACUGAACAUGGUGGGAGCCGAGCAGCCCCCAAGCCCGGAACUGCGGCGGGAAGAUGUGGCCGAGUACGAAGCUGGCGAGGCCCCGGCGGGAGGUGGCGAUGCGGGCACUCUACAGCCGGCGGACCUCCCCCAGGACCCUCCAGGAGAUCCCUCUCAGGAUCCCCCAAAGGAUGAUGGCCCCUGUCAGUGCCAGGUGUGUGAGCCUCAGCUAGGCUCCUGUCCAGAUUCUGGUUCCUCCAGUGGUGGCUGUCCCCAGCUCUUCCAGGAGCGCUGCCGCUCCCUCAGGUCAGUCAUAGUGGAGAACUCCUCAGGCCAGAAGUCCUCCUGCACCAGCACCUCUGAGCUCCACAAACCCAUGAAGAAGAGGAAGCACAGGGAAUACCAGAGCCCAUCAGAGGAGGAGUCGGAGGCAGACGCCAUGGAGAAGCGAGAAGGAAAGGCUCCAGAGGGACAGCCCCCUGCUGGCACCCCAGAGAGUGAGGAGUGGAGCGGCAGCCAGCCUGCGCCAGGGGAGAAGAAGGAAGGCUGGUCGUGGGAGUCCUACCUCGAGGAGCAGAAGGCCAUCACCGCCCCCGUCAGCCUCUUCCAGGACUACCAGGCGGUCCCUCAUAACAAGAAUGGCUUCAGACUGGGCAUGAAGCUGGAAGGCAUCGACCCUCAGCACCCAUCCAUGUACUUCAUCCUCACCGUGGCCGAGGUCUGUGGCUACCGUCUCCGUCUGCACUUUGAUGGGUACGCCGAGUGCCAUGACUUCUGGGUCAAUGCCAACUCCCCUGACAUCCACCCUGCUGGCUGGUUCGAGAAGACUGGGCACAAGCUGCAGCCCCCCAAAGGUUACAAGGAGGAGGAGUUCAGCUGGAGUCAGUACCUGCGCGGCACAAGAGCUCAGGCUGCCCCCAAGCACCUGUUUGUGAGCCAGAGCCACACUCCCCCACCCCUGGGCUUCCAGGUGGGCAUGAAGCUGGAGGCUGUGGACCGCAUGAACCCGUCCCUCGUCUGUGUGGCCAGUGUGACCGACGUGGUGGACGGCCGCUUCUUGGUGCACUUCGACAACUGGGACGACACUUACGAUUACUGGUGUGACCCCAGCAGCCCCUACAUCCACCCCGUGGGCUGGUGCCAGAAGCAAGGAAAGCCCCUCACUCCUCCACAAGACUACCCUGACCCUGACAGUUUCUGCUGGGAGAAAUACCUGGAAGAAACUGGGGCCUCUGCUGUGCCCACCUGGGCCUUCAAGGUGCGACCCCCACACAGCUUUCUGGUCAACAUGAAGCUGGAGGCCGUGGACCGCAGGAACCCAGCCCUGAUCCGUGUGGCCAGUGUGGAGGAUGUGGAGGACCAUCGAGUAAAGCUCCACUUCGACGGCUGGAGUCACGCCUAUGACUUCUGGAUCGAUGCCGACCACCCGGACAUCCACCCCGCUGGCUGGUGCUCCAAGACAGGGCAUCCCCUGCAGCCUCCUCUCCGACCCAGAGAGCCCAGCGCUGCCUCCCCUGGGGGGUGUCCCCCGCUCAGCUAUCGGAGCCUGCCGCCCACGAGGACCUCCAAGUACAGCUUCCACCACCGCAAGUGCCCCACUCCGGGCUGUGAUGGGUCUGGCCACGUGACAGGCAAGUUCACGGCUCACCAUUGCCUCUCGGGCUGCCCGCUGGCUGAGAGGAACCAGAGCCGGCUGAAGGCGGAGCUGUCGGACUCGGAGGCCUCGGCCCGUAAGAGGAACCUCUCGGGCUUCUCCCUAAGGAAGAAGCCCCGCCACCACGGCCGGAUUGGGCGCCCCCCAAAGUUUCGGAAGAUUCCACAAGAAGAUUUCCCGACACUAACGACCGAUGUCAUCCACCAGUCCCUCUUCAUGUCAGCCCUGUCGGCCCACCCUGACCGGUCACUCUCAGUGUGCUGGGAGCAGCAUUGCAAGCUCCUGCCGGGGGUGGCGGGCAUCUCAGCCUCGACAGUUGCCAAGUGGACCAUCGACGAGGUCUCCGGCUUCGUUCAGACCCUGACAGGUUGUGAGGACCAAGCACGUCUCUUCAGAGAUGAGAUGAUUGACGGCGAGGCCUUCCUUUUGCUGACACAGGCGGACAUUGUGAAGAUCAUGAGCGUCAAGCUGGGCCCAGCCUUGAAGAUCUAUAACGCCAUUCUCAUGUUCAAAAACGCCGAUGACACCUUAAAGUGACUGGCGCGGGGCUGGGCCCUCCUCCAGCCCCAGCCGGGCCUCCCUCUACACCUGAUGCUUCUUUCCUUCGUGACUCAAGUUCCUCAUAUCCCACCUGUGCCCCCACCGCUCGCCCUCUGUGUCUGACCAGGGGCGGUCCCUCUUCUCUCCGGGGCUUCUUCCGACAAGAUACAUGGAAGCAGAGGAGCCCUGGGGCAGAUGGAGUCCCAGCCCCCAAGUCCUGGCACUCGUCAGCGUGCCCGUGAGGGUGCGACUGCGCUGAGGGAGCAUUGGUGGUGGAGUGGGAUGGGGUGCCCUGCCUGCGGCAGCCCACAGUGUCUCUAGUCACCUUGUGUUAAUCACCAAAGGGUCUUUUUUGUUAGCAGUUAAGGAUAGUCUGGUAGACCAGGAGACCCUAUUUGGCAUCUCUGUGCUUUUCUUUCCUUGUCUCCUUCCCUCCUACCAAGAGGUGACCCUGCCACAAAUGUAUCAACUCAGAAAGACUCCUCCCCGCCUCCCGCCCCCUGUGCUGCUCUCAUCCUGCCUGGUUUGCUGGGCAGGACCACCCACCAAUGCCCCCAGACCCUGCUGGCUCUUCCCCUGGGUGGGUGAACCGCAAAAACGUGUUUUUCUAGGAUCCAAUGGGAGUCUCAGCUGCCUUUCUCCCUUUUACCCAGACGUGAGGGAUUCCGAGCCACAACACCUUUUAAACAGGCCCCGUUCUGGACUGCUUGGCAUUGGUAGUGUCCCAUGCCACGUCCUGUUUCCAGCAGAGUGGGCGGGCAGAGCGCUUUCCCUCUGCAGCAGAGGGUGAGGUUCCAUGGACGUUCCCUGUACACUCGCUGCUGAGGGCGUGGGGACGAGGCAGCUUAGCUGGCCGGGUAGCCAGGGCCCGGGUGUGAGACAAUCUCAGAUCUCUGGUCAGAGGGGCAGCUGCAGCAGGCAUGGUUGCUCCGAGAGCUGGGCAUAGCACCCUUCUCUGCAGCCGUGGGUCUCAGCCAAGGUGUUGCCCACAGUGGGGGUGGGGGGGGCAUGCCUGCCAGGCCUCCUGUCGAGGGAAUGUAACACUCUGUCAGGCACACACACACACACACACACACACACACACCCUAUAACAUCACAUCGACCUAGCCCUUAAAUGGCCUGCUCUUGAGGAGUUAUACAAAGAUGACUUGAAGUUGGGGGGUUGGGGAGGUGAAUUCUGUCUUUGAAUUCUCUGUGUCCUUUAAGCCUUUCUUACCACUCUCCAUCAGUGUUACACUGCCAGCCAGGUGCCUGCUGGGACUGUGGGACUUUGACCUUCCUGUCCCAGCGGGGGCCCAGCACCCAAUGAGCCACUGCCAACCCUGCCUGCAGCCUGGGAGUGGGCCCCACAUGGAGGUGAGGAGCAGCUGCCAAGCUCCCACGGCCUGCGAGGUGUGCAGCGGGGGCGGGGUGGGGGACUUCCCCAGACCCCCUCUGUCUUGAUGUGUGAGUGUGUAUGUGUGCGUGUGCAUGUGCAGGGCACUCUCAGAAGUGUUUGGCAGGGUGUUGACGUGAGGCUCAGCGUUAGGAAAAUGUCAAGGGCUAUUACUAUUAAAAUAUGAAGCUUUAUCUUUCCAAUAGAGGAGGGAAACCCAAGGUUCAGUUGAUUUCCUGCCCCAGCCCAGGAAGGGGUCCUCUCUCGCAAGGGACCAGACAGCUUUGCUGGCAGCCAUUCAGGCCUCCCCAGUUGCACCCAGCGUGCCCCACCGCCGCCCCCAGAGCUUUAGAUGUUCUGUCCCUUUCAGCUCUUAGAGUCUGCUGUGCGCACAGCCUUCUAGGGAGGGCGUGGGCAGGCCCUGCCUCCGCUGAGGCUCGGGUUUACUGAAGUUGCCUGGGCGUCACCAUUGGCUAGAGGGUAAGGCAGAGCCAGUCUGAGCCUCUCUGUCUUGGCUGCUGGGGUGGUAGCAAACUCACCAGUCCUCUGGCUUCGGCUCCGGCUGAGAUGGGGGAGAGAUGCUCGGUGGCUUUGUGGUGGGAGGAGAAGGCAGCAAGUCCACACAGCUGAGUGGGGCUGGGAUGCCUUCACCAGUGGGUUUACCAACCGUGCGCUUGCCUACUGGAAAGGCAGGAUGGACCAUGGGCCGUAGAGAAAAGGGCUCCCAGGCCCCCAAACUCUGGGGCUUCACCACUUGUUGUGCCAAUGUCCAACUCUUUGGGAGGAAACCAAGUCAUUAAAAAGGAGAAAGAAAUCUGCCUCCUGUCCACCCCACUGCCCCUUCAUUCACCUGUCCCAAGAUGAGAUCAUCGCACCUUGACCUGGGAGCUCAGUGAGGGGAGGGCAUGGGCGCUGGCGCCUGGUGCCAUGUGACCUCUGCCCAGGCUCCGCAGCAGCGGCCACCACUUACACUUUGGCCCGGCAGCCUCACCCAGCUCUGGUCCAGGCCAGUGAGGACCUUUCUGUUUGAUUUCUAAAGCAGAGAGAAUGAUCCCAGAGUUUGAAAACGAAGCCUGUUUGCACUUUCAUUCACACGCACUUUGGUGGAGUUAGGGUUUUGUACUUGCUGUGUGUGUGUGCGCACAUACGUGUGUGUUCUUGAAGAGAAUCUUCUGGUUUAAGAUAAAGUGACUCUUGACUCAUGAGGGGGAAGGAGUUCCAAACAAAUGUGGUGUGCUCUGUCAUUGU